UCUCCCACCCUCUCCCCUUCUCUCUCCAUCCCUUUCUCCCACACUUGCUAUGCUGAGCACAGCCAGUUUCAGCCGAGCCCAACAACCAGCCUACACACACACACACACACACACACACACACACACACACACACACACACACACACACACACACACACACACACACACACACACACACUGUCUGAUGAAUGAACGGUGCCAUUCCACUAAGCUUCCUUCAGGGCAGAGAACCCCUGGCAUCUCAGCAUGAGUUCCCAGCGUAGAUUCUCUGCUGUUUCCAGGCGAUUCAGGCUCUCUGGGUCCAUAGCGAAGCGACGGUAGCUCCGUUAGGCUGAUGCCGCGGUGGCUCCCUCUCAGAGAGGUGUAGUUCGGUCGGUUGUCGGUUGAUUGCGGGAGGGUUGUCUCGAUGUUGCGGACCAUAUUUGAAGCGGAGUUCUCUCCCUCUCCCACAGAGGGACUCCUGGGCAAGGAGCAGCAGCUGGAUGUCCUGAAGACAUCUGCCCUCAACCACAUCCCCACAGUGGACAUUAACUCUGCCCUGCCCCUGCGUCUGCCCCCGGCUGCCAUCCCCAUGGACCUACGCAUUGACCAGCACCAUCAGCAGCAGCAGCAGCAGCUGUCCAUGUCUCCUUCUGCAGCCCAGGUGUCUGCAGCCCAGGCGUCUGCAGCCCAGGCCAGAGAGCAGCAGCUUCAGCAGGAGCUCCUGUCCCUGAAACAGAAACAACAGAUUCAGAGACAGCAUCUCAUCGCUGAGUUCCAGAGGCAACAUGAGCAGCUCAACCGCCAGCAUGAAGCCCAGCUACAGGAACAUGUUAAGCACCAGCAGGAGCUCCUGGCCCUGAAACAUCAGCAGGAGCUGUUGGAGCACCAGAGGAAGAUGGAGAAGCACCGUCUGGAGCAGGAACUGGACAAACACCAGAGAGAACAGAAACUACUGCUGCUCAAGAACAAGGAGAGAGGACAGGAGAGUGCAGUGGCCAGUACGGAGGUGAAGAUGCGACUGCAGGAGUUUGUGCUGAACAAGAAGAAGGCUCUGGCCCAGAGGAGUCUCAACCACGGGGGGUUGCCCAACGACCCCCGCUACUGGUACGGUAAAACUCAGCACACUUCCCUGGACCAGAGCUCUCCUCCUCAGACUGGUAUGGGUACCUACAACCACCCUGUCCUGGGCAUCUACAACGCUAGAGACGACUUCCCACUCCGCAAGACAGCCUCUGAGCCCAACCUGAAGCUACGUUCUCGUCUGAAGCAGAAGGUGAGCGAGCGACGGAGCAGCCCCCUACUGAGGCGUAAAGACAGCCCGAUCACAACCGCCAAGAAACGCUCCCUGGAUAUGGCAGAUUCAGCGUGUAACAGCGCUCCUGGAUCCGGCCCCAGCUCUCCGAACAACAGCAUCAGCAACAUCCCCAAUGAGAACGGCGUCACUGUGGCAGUCUCCAACAGCAUUGAUAUGUCCCUGGCUCAGCGGUUGUGUGGUGGUGAACUCAGCCAGCUGUCUCUGUACACGUCCCCCUCCCUCCCCAACAUCACCCUAGGUCUGCCCGCCACGGCCACCUCUGCUUCCAAUGUGACCUCAGCCCAGCAGGAUGGGGGUCAACAUUCGGCCCUCUCCCUCAGCCCCCCCUACCUAGGCGGUGGCCCCCUAGUCACCUACCUGGCUGACGGAGGGGGCGCAGGGGGGCACGGCCCACUACUGCAGCACUUGGUCCUGCUGGAACAGACUGGCGCACACGGGCCCCUACUGGCAGGUGUGGACGCCCUCCAGUCUCCCUCCAUCCACAAGCUGCGUGGGCAGCACCGUCCCCUGGGUCGGACCCAGUCAGCCCCACUGCCCCAGCAGAACGCCCAGGCCCAGGCCCUGCAGCAGCUGGUGGUCCAACAGCAACACCAACAGUUCCUGGAGAAACACAAACAGCAGUUCCAGCAGCUACACAUCAACAAGAUGAUGGGCAAGCCCAGUGAGCCCACGGGGGGCCGGCAGCACCAGAGUCACCCGGAGGAGACGGAGGAAGAGCUGAGGGAGCACCAGGCCCUCUCUCCCCAGGACGGAGGCUUUCCGUGUGGGAUCGCCAUCAAACAAGAGCCCCCAGACCCCCAAGAGAACCAGGAGGAGGACAUGCAGCAGGAACAACUGUUCAGACAGCAGGCCAUGUUGUUGGAGCAGCAGAGAAUCCACCAGCUGAGAAACUAUCAGGCUUCCAUGGAGGCAGCCGGUCUGUCAAUCACCUUCCCAGGUCACCGCCCCCUCUCCAGGGCCCAAUCGUCUCCGGCCUCCGCUUCCUCCUUCCCCAUCUCUGUCCCGCCCCCUGAGCCUCUCACCAAACCUCGCUUCACCACAGGGUUGGUGUAUGACUCUCUGAUGCAAAAGCACCAGUGUAUGUGCGGGAACACACACACCCAUCCGGAGCACGCCGGGCGCGUCCAGAGCAUCUGGUCCAGACUGCAGGAGACAGGACUUAGGGGACAGUGUGAGUGUAUCCGUGGUAGGAAGGCCACUCUGGAGGAGCUCCAGACAGUCCACUCUGAAGCCCACGUCCUGCUGUAUGGAACCAACCCCCUCCGACAGAAACUGGACUGUUCAGUCACGCCCAUGUUGGUCAGAUUACCAUGUGGAGGAGUGGGGGUGGACAGUGACACCAUCUGGAACGAGGUCCAUUCCUCUACUGCAGUUCGUCUGGCUGUGGGUUCUGUGGUGGAGCUGGUGUUCAAAGUGGCCACUGGUGAACUGAAGAACGGCUUUGCUGUGGUUCGACCCCCUGGACACCAUGCAGAAGCGAGCACUCCCAUGGGCUUCUGCUACUUUAACUCAGUAGCCAUCGCAGCCCGACUGCUCCAACAGAGACUCAACGUCUGCAAGAUCCUCAUAGUAGACUGGGAUGUUCACCAUGGCAACGGGACCCAGCAGGCGUUUUACGACGACCCCAACGUGCUGUACCUGUCUCUCCAUCGAUACGACGAUGGAAACUUCUUCCCUGGCAGCGGAGCACCCGACGAGGUGGGCAGUGGUCCAGGAGUAGGCUUUAACGUUAACAUGGCCUUCACCGGGGGUCUGGAGCCACCUAUGGGAGAUGCAGAGUACCUGGCAGCCUUCAGGUCUGUGGUGAUGCCCAUAGCUAAUGAGUUUGCUCCUGACGUGGUGCUGGUGUCCUCAGGCUUCGACGCCGUCGAGGGUCACCCUCCUCCGCUAGGCGGUUACACCCUCACCUCUAAAUGUUUUGGGUACCUGACGCGUCAGCUGAUGACCCUGGCGGAGGGUCGCGUGGUGCUGGCAUUGGAGGGAGGUCACGACCUCAUGGCCAUCUGUGACGCCUCUGAGGCCUGCGUCUCUGCUCUGCUGGGCAACCAGCUGGAUCCUCUCCCUCAGGCGCUUCUGGAGCAGAGACCCAACCAGAAUGCUGUGUCCUCCAUAGAGAAGGUUAUAGAAACACACAGUAAGUACUGGCGCUCCAUGCAGCGUGGAUCCCCCAGGCUGGGCCUGUCUGUGCUGGAGGCUCAGAGAGGAGACUCGGAGGAGGCUGAGACCGUCAGCGCCAUGGCCUCUCUCUCCGUGGCCAACAAACAGAGCAGGUCGGAGGAGGAACCCAUGGAGGAGGAAGCACCAUUAUAGGGGGGGAAGCAUAAGGGCGUCGCACCGUGACUGUCGGCCUCUGCAGCUCGGAAGACUACCUUCUGGAGAGUCUCGACUGUCCCUUUCAUUUAGUCCCUCCGCGCCGUGCCUAUCACCUUGAUUGGCAGAUCCUCUGCCAAUGAGGGAGAGGGAUGGGCUUCAGAGUAGGGAGUCAAUGGGGAUAUGAUAUGAAGGACGGAAGUGACAAAGCGCUGCAGCCAGGCAGCUCAGCGUGGUCAGCUCACCGUGACUCUAAAGAGACGUUUGUUUCUGCCAGUCAGACUGAGGCAUCCCCAGAAGACGCCCCCAGAAG